CAUGUGUAAUCGCAUUCCGGAGACUUCACAGCAGAGACCAAAACACAUGAGAAUAAUAUAACUCGUCUACAGCGGCAGUACGUGACAACUGUGGUUAUUUUGUCAUCAGCAGAGAUUCUUCAUUUUGGGCAGCCUGUUUCAGCCACAGCCAUGGUGUGCAUUCCCUGUAUUGUGAUUCCUGUCCUGUUGUGGGUCUACAAGAGGUUCCUGGAGCCUUUCCUCUAUCCUUUUAUUUCACCGAUUAUUAAUACAUUCUGGACCAAAAAGGCGGUUCAGGAGACUGGCGCUACUGACAAAAAAGUUAGCGAAAAGAGUAAUGGGACUUGCAUGCCUGAAAGCAACGGUGAUACCACUGCCAAUGGAUCCCUUAUAGCAGCAGAUAAGAAGACAGAUUGACGGCUAUACAUGUUCAUAAUGCAUCUAAAGCAGUGUAAAUAUUACAGUACGUUAAUAUAAAAUAGAGAAACUAUUAAUUAACUUAUCAUUUCUUCUUUGAAUGGAGUGGUUUUUGAUUACCUUCCAUAGUGUACGUACCUUGCUUUUACUUUUUUUUUUCCAUAUGUUUUACAAUAACUUUAAGAAAUUGGUCAUUGUUAAUAUAUUCCUUGUUAAUCAUAAAUUGAUAUAUGCAUUUACUGUGUCGAAUAUUCACUCUCAAUGGAAUAGUUUUGUAAAAACAAACUUGCAGUUUAAUGAAUGAAUAAAAGAAAGCCUUCAAAUCAAAAAAGUGGCUGCUUUAUUGCUCCCAUACGAAGAUUGGCUUCCACUUUAACUAGCUUGCUCACUUCAUAUUGUAAAGUCAUUAAGGGUUCAAUUUUGUUUGUAUUUUAGAGAUAUUUUAAAUGUAACUAACAGCAAUAUCAUACCUGUGGAAAAAUGGUUUGAGAUUUGUAAUGACAAAUAGUGAAAAAACUAGAUUUUAGCAGUUUCAUGACAAUUUUAAAAUGAGUAAAAGAUUUUUUAGAUAAAACUGGAAGUAGAUAAAAAUUAAUAGUUCAGCCCAGGCAUGCACACAUACAUACAUACAUACAUACUGUAUACAUGCCAAUUGUGUACAUAAAAUAUGCUUCUUUUCCUUGGUUAUCAUGAAUUUAUACAUACAACAUGUACUUGUAUACCUGUAUGUAUUUACUCUUAGUGGAAUAGUUUUCCUC